UCAAAUAAAUGUUUGGCAAACUUUCCAUCCCUUCAAUGGACUGCAUGGAGAAUGAGAAACAAAUGUUUUUGACUUUUCCUCUUCCCUGACUUUCUCAAUUUCUGUAUUGCAAGUUUUAAACAUUGGCUGUCUACAAGAACUUUCAAAUGUUUGGCGAGUCGAUAAAUGAUCAAUCAAGCUGCAUUUUUCUAGUAUUAAUGUCCAUUCCUAUCCUAACAGAUUCCACCAUCGCUGCUCUGCUUCUCCAUAUACUUCCAAUAUUUGCAUGGAGUUUAUUGCCGCCCAUAUGGAAUAAACUCCAUCGCAACUUCUUUUCUGCAAUUAAAAUUAGUAGUAAGAAGAAGGAAUUAAGAAGUUACGUAUCCAAAUGUCAAUUUGACAGCCUCACGUUUUGAAUGACAACGAUCCAAACCCGUCAUUUCGUUUUCGUCCAUAUUGUUCUCAUGAUCUGGUCAUUCAUUAUAUCUGUGUAUAAAUAUAUCAAUCAGUCUGCCUCCCUCUCUGCUUUUGUUCUACAUAAGCCAGACAAUCAGCCUGCUGCAAGGAAUUCAACAGUCUAAUGGGAAGCAUACCCUUCUCAUGGGAGAACAAGCCCGGGGUCUCGUCGACGACAGAGGAGAUGACCGGUCAAUUCUAGAGACAAGUGUGAGCAAAUCCAGUAAGAUCAUUAAUGGUGGAUCGAAGAAGGAAAAUAAGGAAUGGGAAGACCCCUUCCUGGCUGCUUACCUCAAGUGCACCGCCGCCGAGGCGAGUGUUUGGACGCAAGGGAGGCAGAGGAGGAGGAAGAAGAAAAGAGACGCUGUGCUCGAAGCCUUGUCUUGCAAGGCGACCACUGGGACGAGGGAGAAUGCUGUGGUGAAGCUGUCGGAGCUUCAUCAGGUUGGAAGCAAAAGGGUGUGAAAUUGAUAAUUUAUGUACUUUUGCAAUAUUCCUUGUGGUAAUUUAGCUUUUCUAAUCCAA